UCGAUAUUUGAUUAGGCUCUGAAAAGGCGGCCCUAAGUUGCGCAAUGUUCGUCAGAUUCUUUUCAUCGUAAUCAUUGGAUCAAUUUUCUGGCGAAGCGACAUCGGCGAGAUAGUACUGAAGUCCGGCCAAUUUUGCGUGGGUCCUCGUCGGUCCUCUCUAACCAGGUCGCCAGCCAAUCAUAGGAGUGCGAUGCCAGCAAGGUAUCACAUCAAAUAAAGAGCGACAGGCUUUGGUCGGCGACAGACGGCAGAAAACUUGUCGCCAGCGUCGCCACACGAAAACACAAGCGAGCGCGGCGCAAAUUUUGCCCACAUGAUUACUUCCGAGAAUCUUCGCGUUUUUGUGGAUCUGCAGAUUUUCAGGCCGAGAGGAUUUGAAAAUGGCUGCGAGUGAGUCUGUCGAGAAAGCGACCCCGCCGUUGCAGACAAGUACCGGUUUACCACAUGCUAAUGAACUUAAGACACUCCGAGAAAAACUUGCAUCCGACGAUAGCAGUCGUGACGAGUCUCACGCACAGCAUACCAACAGCGCCGGCACCUCCGCACAAAUGCCUCCUCAAAAUCCCAGCGUAAAUUCGACAAGCUCAGGGCCUGCUCACAUAAAUUUCAGCCACUCGGACAGUUCUAAUUUCAGCGUGAAAACAGAGCAAAGCGAUGAGGGUCAGAAAAGCAUGGGCGAACCAAUUCGCUUUGACGUUAACAACGAAAGACCGGCCGGACCUGAUCAAGGGCUCGUGACGGAGGAACCGUUGGAAAUUCAAUGCGGUGAAAACGCUGCGCUGCUUUAUGUGUCCAAGCUGUGCCAGGGAAGCAAAGGACCUUGCAUUUUAUUUCAAGGCGAGUGGUUGACACCGAAUGAACUGCAAUACAUCAGCGGACGGGAAACUGCAAAAGACUGGAAAAGAAGUAUCCGCUACAAAGGGAAAUCUCUUAAAAGUUUGAUAGCACGCGGACUGAUUAAGGUUCAUCCACCUAUAUGCGACUGCCUGGGCUGCAGGAUUUCGUCGCCUGUGAACCGGGGAAGAUUAGCCAGUAAAUGCAGUGUUUCCUCUCCGCCCUCUCCGACUAGAAAAAGAAAAGACUCUUCUAAGCCGACUUGGAGGCAAGAUGGCUUCGAGCAAGGUUUACAAUUUGGUGCCAGACACGGUUCAUCUUCUGAUAUCGACGGCUACAUGAACACAUCGGCGAGAAAUGGUGUCGAUUUGAGAGAUUCCCCGCACUCAACGUCUUCGACUGCCUCUGAGUGUUCAGAACCUGUAGAUGAUAGCCCCUUCUCGCCGGUUACAGAGCCGCCGAAACGGGCGAGAAGCUUGUCACCUGAAAACCUGGCUAAAGUGGGCACUAUGAAAAGACGGGCAACCGACCGGUUCCAGUUCGACCCGAGAAGCACGUUCUUCUUUAGGGAUGUUCCCUCGGAAUAUUUAAAUUCCUCGGCUGCCGAGGCUUCCAAGCAAGCAAGAAAAGAUCUGACGGUUGAUUUGGCAAAUCACCAUCGCUCGCAAUCUCAGGAAACUAGCGGAUCCCCUGGUGGAGCUCAAGGGGCCCCGGGGAGUAGGAGCGCUUUCAGGGCGGUCCACCAAGAUGCUUUAAAUCCUCAUAAUGAGAUGAACCCUGAGAACCAUGUUAAUGCGGAGGCUCUCCAACGAGAACUUGCUGCACGAGCAGCAAAAAGCUCCAAGCAACAACAACAACAACAACAACAGCAACAACAAAAACCACAGCCGCUAAACUGCCAGCCAUUCAACCCGUUUACACAACUUCCCAGCCCCUCCCCUCUAAUGAGUCCGUCUCACAACUCGCCCAGACUGUUACCAGAUCCCCUGUUGCUGGCUUCGCCUCACGGCCCAAGUAUUUACCAUCAAGCUUUACGAGCCAACAUGCCUGGAGUGCCUUCGGCGCUACACCAGAGUUUAAUGCAUUACAGACUUUUGACACCUCCGGCCCAACAUAACCCUCUUACGCAAAACAUUCCUCUCCAAUCUUCCUUCAUCCAAGCCAAUGCAGCUGCCGCGGCAGCCGCUCGUGCCAGUCUUCAGGGUCUCCCGGUCACGCAUUCAUCUCUAACAAUGCAUCGCGCGUCACGAUCAGCAUCUCCCAAGAACAUUACCCCGGUCAACGGUCACGUGGACGAUAACAAAAACGUUACAAAGGCUCGGACAACGAAAGUGGACGAGGAGAGACACGAGGCGGUAGAUAAGGGACAUGGGAACGAAAACGAAACUGAUAACGAGAGCCGAAACCCCAUAGCGACCAUCUCCGAUCGCGACUGUGGGAUCCGAAGAAGCCCCGAGGCUUCUACGGGUUCUAACGAAAGACACAGUCCAUUCGCCACACCCAAGGCCUCCCCGAGUGGUGGUAAGGAACCUUCACGUGUAUCACCUCAUAAGCUAGUGCCUCGUUUUCGACCGGACUCGCACGAGAACGUCUUAGAAUGGAGUGUUGAUGACGUGUGUCACUUUGUGUCGGCUCUCACAGGCUCACCAGACAUUGCGCAUGCGUUCAGAGAGGAACACAUUGACGGGCAUUCAUUUGUUUUAAUGCAAGAAGAUCAUUUGUUGACUAGGAUGUCAAUCAGACUAGGUCCCGCCCUCAAAAUCCUGGCGCAGAUAAAAAAGCUCACCGAGAAUUUAGAAAUGGAAGACGGCAGCUCGAAUUGAAGGUCGCGUUCAGCUGAGAGAAAGUUAAGGAAAUCCUUGCCUGACCUACAAGUCAUGUGUUUAUGCAACGUUCUGUCAAUAGACCUUGCUUCAUAGUCUGUCCGCCUGUUUUAACCAACAUUUUUUGUGAGGUUUUAAAAUGUUUGAUCUUGCUCUUGCUUAAAUCUUAGUUAAUAGAGGGGAAUGGCUACGAAGCUCGGUAAACUUCAAAGAAGCAAACAAAGAUGUCAAGAUUUAUGUUGGA